AACCCCGCCUCUUCCCAAAGAGUGGAUGAUCCAGCCAAUGAAUUAUGAAUGUUGAACAAAAUGACCUCUUCUUGGCAGCAGCAGACGAUGAGAGGUCCUAGGUGGAACCGGGUCCUGUCCGACCCUUUGUUCGUGCUGCUUCUGGCCCUCCAGCUCCUGGCGGUGGCGGGCCUGGUGCGCGCGCAGACCUGCCCAUCCGUCUGCUCCUGCAGCAACCAGUUCAGCAAGGUGAUCUGCACCCGGCGGGGACUACGUGAUGUCCCAGACGGCAUCUCCACCAACACACGAUAUCUGAACCUUCAGGAGAACCUCAUCCAGGUGAUCAAGGUGGACAGCUUCAAGCACCUGCGGCACCUGGAGAUCCUCCAGCUCAGCAAGAACCACAUCCGCAACAUUGAGAUUGGGGCUUUCAACGGCCUGGCUAGUCUCAACACCCUGGAGCUGUUCGACAACCGCCUCACCACCAUCCCCAACGGGGCCUUUGAGUACCUCUCCAAACUCAAGGAGCUGUGGCUGAGGAACAACCCAAUCGAGAGCAUUCCAUCGUAUGCGUUCAACAGGGUGCCCUCACUACGGAGGCUGGACUUAGGGGAACUGAAACGCCUCUCGUAUAUCUCAGAGGGAGCUUUCGAGGGACUCAGCAACCUGCGCUACUUGAACCUGGGCAUGUGCAAUCUCAAGGAGAUUCCCAACCUCAUACCCCUGGUCAAGCUGGACGAGCUAGAGAUGUCAGGGAACCAGCUGACGGUCAUCAGACCCGGCUCCUUCAAAGGGCUGAUCCACCUACAGAAGCUGUGGAUGAUGCACGCCCAGAUCCAGACCAUUGAGAGGAACUCCUUUGAUGACCUGCAGUCGCUUGUGGAGCUCAACCUGGCCCACAACAACCUCACUCUGCUGCCCCAUGAUCUCUUCACCCCCCUGCACCACCUGGAGAGAGUCCACCUCCACCACAACCCCUGGAACUGCAACUGUGACAUCCUGUGGCUCAGCUGGUGGCUCAAAGAGAUGGUGCCGGCCAACACCAGCUGCUGCGCCCGCUGCAGUUCCCCAGCAAGCCACAAGGGGCGCUACAUCGGUGAGCUGGAUCAGAACUAUUUCCAUUGUUAUGCACCGGUUAUCGUAGAGCCUCCGGCUGACCUGAACGUGACAGAGGGCAUGGCAGCGGAGCUGAAGUGCAGGGCCAGUUCUCUGACCUCAGUCAGUUGGAUUACACCCAAUGGCUCCAUUAUGACCCACGGUGCAUACAAGAUCCGCAUUUCCGUGCUUAACGAUGGCACUCUCAACUUCACCAACGUCACCAUGCAGGACACGGGCACCUACACCUGCAUGGUGAGCAACUCAGCCGGCAAUACCACAGCAUCUGCCACGCUCAACGUGUCAUCCACAGAGAACGUCCUCAGCUACUUUACCACAGUGACAGUGGAGACCAUAGAGCCAGUGCAUGACGAGGGGCGCACCACAGUUGGGCAUAAUGUGGGCCCUACCCCCUCAGCCGGCUCCUGGGAGACCGUCUCAUCCACCUCUACCACCACCACCACGGCGCGGACACCCCUCUCCACCCGGGUCACAGAGAAGACCUUUACCAUCCCCGUCACAGACCUAAACGGUGGCUCAAUGACCGGCCUGGACGAGGUGAUGAAGACCACCAAGAUCAUCAUAGGCUGCUUUGUGGCCAUCACCCUCAUGGCCGCUGUCAUGCUCAUCAUCUUCUACAAGAUGAGAAAGCAGCACCACCAGCAGAAUCACCAUGCACCCCAGCGCACCAUCGAGAUCAUCAACGUGGACGAGGACUGUGUGACGGGCGGGCCGGCCAUGGAGGGCCACCUGACUCUUCCCCCGCUCGAGCAUGAGCACCUCAACCAUUACAACACCUAUAAGACUGCGUACAACCACGUCUCCACCAUCAACUCCAUACACAGCUCGGCGCACGAACCUUUGUUAAUCCGGGCCAGCUCGAAAGACAAUGUACAAGAGACCCAGAUCUAAAACUUUUUUCAUAAUGAGACGAACUGAUAAAAUUACUAAUAGGGACAUUAGUUAUGAGGACUAUGAAUGGGAAGUGGAGGACUUGACUCACUGUGUGUCCAGGGUAUCAGUGGUUGAUGUUUAUUCAAUGACAUUGGGAAGGAACUAGGGUAUGUCUAAUGUUUCAAAAAGUGUCUUUACAAAACAGAAGUUAUUUAUUUAAGAAAAAAUAUAUUGUGGUUAAUCAAGAAAAAAACUGUAUUCUGCAAUUAUUUUUUCAGUACUUAUUUCAUCAGAUGUUUUGAUUUUCUUCAUUUGAGGGAGGGUGGUUUACUAAUAUGCUUACAAACUCUAUGUGAAUCUAAUGCUAACCAUAAGUGUGUAUGUGAUGGCAAGUUGGCAAUCACUUUUUACCCCACAUACUUUGAGAAUAUCUAGAUAACCGCAGAGAUUACCUCCUGCCACAAAUUAAUUGAUGAAAUCUUUUGUGACCAUCUGUUAAUUUAGAUGGAUUAAAAGCUUGGUUGUUAUCUGAGGGUGAACGCUGGGACUGUCAGCGAUGAAAUCUGAUAAUAACACAAUAUUUCAUUAAAUAUUCCACUCAAAUGCAUUAGACACAGAUGUACACUUGGCUCUGCCAUCGAUAGAUUGGGGACGUUAAACGAGGGAAGUGUGUUCCAAACUAACCCAGGGCCAACUGUUAGCAACAAGCGAUUCAUAGUUGUUUCACUGUGUUUAUUUUGCCAGAAAAUCACACGUUUCACACAGUGUUUUUGUCUCAUUUACACGUUGUGCAUUUAUACUAUUUGUUAUUCCUUCUUUAUUCUAUUUGCUCUAAUCCAUCAUAACUUUGUGAGUCACAAAAAGAUGCUUUAAGAUCACUUUGGCAAAUGUAGUCAGGCAUAUUAGAGCUCCCUGAACGUCACACCCCUUGUUUCCAUCUUACACCAUCUGUUAUAAUGGUGUGCCAUUCCAUCACAGAUAUGGGCGCAUUUGCAGAAGAUUGCUGUAUCAUAUGUGGUUCCUGAGAAAUUAAGCACUUCUCCAGGUGUUGAAAGAUCUAAUAAUUUGUCCAAAAGAAGAUCCCUAGAACUCCCCCAAUAAUUCUGAUGAGACUCCUGUAUGAACUCUCUGUGACCUCUGACCCCUGACUUCAAGGAGCUGACUGGUGAGUGGGAGAGGGGGUUUAGGACCCCAAACACAGCUGUUUCUUCCAGCACAUUGCCUGUCGUCUGUAGUCUGUUCCCACAUUGGGCACGGCAGCCUCAGAUUCACACCGGGAUCCUGCCAAGUGCAGGAUGAAGCCCAGAGGACAGAGUGCCAGGGCUUUUGCAGAGAGGGGAUUUAGGUAUGAAGCGUGUGACGUCGGGCAUCAAGCAGAUGUUCAGGUCACACCUGCAUCCCUCUACCUCGGCCAUGGCACCAUUUCCAUUUUAAUUGAUGUGCCUGCAGGGGCUUUGGGUGGACAGCUUUUCACAGGUACCCUGGAAAACGUUCAAUAGGCCCCACAGUGAAAGAUGGUGCCAUAAAUACAGAGGCCAAACAAGUACCCUUCACAUCCAAGGCUUAGCCACAUGCCCCAGGUGUCUCUUUAUAGAUGAAGUGAACUGAUAUUUUUUUCUCCCUUUUACUUUUGUUCUCCACACCCUCCAUAAUGUCAAACAUCUAAGAAAGAGUAUGCAACAGUCCUUUUUCAUUCGGUUCCAUUCUGUUUCUGAGAAAAUAAAUGAUUGUGUAGUACAUUUACAUUUUCCAGAAGGUUGGGGGUAAAUUCUUAUCAUUGUUUCCCAUCCAGAUGUCAUCUAGUUCUUCUCUGGGAGAAAGCACUAUUAAUGAUAUGAUGUCAAAUACAGUAGUGGGCUGAUUCAUUCACCAUAGAAAUCAUGACCUUGAGCGGAAAGGCAUGAGCUAACAGAGUUCCCAUUGCCUAGAUGCUUUACUCAUUAUUCAUAGUCAAAUGGAAAUAUUUCUAUGGAUAGUGUUAAUGGAAAUACACCUCAACUAUGUUACAGUGACGUAAUAGCAUGUCAUCUCCUUUGCACUUGACCAGUGUUUGGCAUUUAACAAUAGGGUAUAGAGGUUGUUGCAGAUGAUAAUGCGAAGUUGUGUCAUCCCAGUUAUUUUUACACUUAAACCCAGACAGUAGGGGAUGCAGAACCAGAGAAUAGAUAAAUGAUGCAAUCAGUAUAAAAGUCACUUCUACGGUAUACUUUUGGCAGCAAGUGCACAGAAAGACUUAAUCCACAAAGAUGAAUGAAUCUUAUUUUAAUGUCAUGUGCGACUUAAUGACGUCAUUAAUAAUUAAGUUAACUCCAUCUCACAUGAGCUUCUACAACCCAGUUUUAGUCAACAUGAAACAAAUAUGUUCCUCAGUGUGACAUCCCUGCCAAUACAAUAAUUACUCAUGGUGAAACAUGUUUACAUGAAGUUUAGCACAGUGGUAAACCAUGUCUUUGUGUGUUUGGGGAUGAUGGUGUGGUCUGGAUCCAAAAGUUUGAAAUAAGAGUUUAUCCAUCUUCCCUUCUCUUUCCUUCAUCAUUUGGAGUCUUUUAUAGUGGAUCUAUUGACAUUUAUUCAAUCCAUCGCAUUCUGUAUGUACUGUAUCUCAAUGUUUCGGUUGGGUAGAUGGGGCAAGAUGUUUUUCUUUCCAGGUCAUUUUUAUUUUUCUCUGAAAGGGAAUGCUGUUCUAGUGGUAGAUUUAUAUCAAGAUACAUUUUGAAAUAAAAUAAAACAAAAAAAAACAUUUGUAAAUUUUAAUUUGACAUGUGCCAACAAACUGUUCAACAAGUGAAAAAGAGAAACAUGCUGUAAAAGAAUAAGAAAUUGAUUAUCAUGUAAGUAUACUUUCAUGACCUUUUAAAAAAGAUUAAGAUUGAUUAUAGAAA